ACGUCAAUUUACGUCACGUGUAGAGGUUAUGUCAACUUAGUGCGCAUUCGUAUUGUUUUGCUUACAACUCGAAAAAAAUAAGAAAAGCUUGUAAAUACUGUAGGUGCAAUCGAAUAGUUGAAUUAGGCUAUAGUUUUUGUUACGAUUUUUGUUUUGAGAAAAAGUAAAAUGCAUCACUUCAUCUUUUCCGUUGCCUGCAAAAUUUUGGGUGAACAUGAGUGAAGAAUCUGGUGCUGAAACGCCGGUAAAUAUUCCGUCAAGACCCAGAGCUCGAAGUCCGCUACCCCGACUUUCUGACGAAAUGGCAAAGAACAAAUGGCAAAGGAGCCCUCAACAUUCUCCCAACUUCAUGAACCGAUCCAACGAAUAUGAUUAUUCAUCCUCAUCUUCUUUGUCGCGAUCCCCUUCACCUGAAGUCCGCCAAAGAAUAAAUCGGUUUCUUGCUGCCGGUAUUCCAGAAAGUGAUUUGGAAUAUUUGGAAGAAUUUCUACUAAAGUAUCCAGACUAUGAAAGUUUCGAGGAUGAUGAUCUGAGACAAAUAAAAGAAGAAUUUCUAAACCGCAGUCAAAGGCAAAGACGCGAAUCGCUGCCGCCUCAACUAAAUGAUUCAAUUUCUGGGAGUACUUCAAUUUUCACCAUCUUGUGUAUAAUUCUCGCUAUCUCAGCAGGAAUUUGGGCGUUUAUUCCAAAUGCCAACAGUGCAAUUGCUACAGGAGAAUAUCGUGAAAAGCCGAACAUAAAAGAAAUACUUAAAAAUGUGAAAGAGGAUUUACUUGUACUAAAAAAGGAAUUUCGAAACCAGGAGAAGAAGAUUUGGGAGGAAAUAUACUCUGGGAUUAUUGAAGUUAUUUCUAAUCCUACAAAGCCCUCGAUUUUUGUUUUGUUCGCUGAUAGCAACGAUCCUAUGAGUUGUCUGGCUACAACUAUUGGCGAACUUAGCAGAAAAGCUUUGGGAAGUGAGAAAAGUCUUAUUCUGAAACCUGCACAAAUGGACCAGGACACGGGUGACGUCAUUGAUAGUUUGCGAUGGAAGAUUCCCCAGCGAAAAGCUGUGAUCGUGUGGGAUUUGCUGAGCAUCAACAAUGAAGCAUUAAAAGCUUUCCAUAAUUUAUGCGAUAGGGAAAACCCUUUAAUUAAAGAAGCAAUUUACAUAAUCACUGUAAAAGCCACAGGUUAUAACAGAUCGCAAUCCCCAUUAUUUUUCAUAGAAAACCAAUUGAGGUCCAAUUUAUCUGGAAGAAUGGAUGAAGAUUCUAUAAUGCCUUUAGUAACCCGAAUAACAGAUGGACCGAUUAUUUCAGUUAAACCCGAAUCAAAUAUUCAAUGCCCGUUUAAAAAUACUAUAAUUUAACACACACAAAACUAUUUUUAAUAAUGUAUGAGUUUAGUAUAAGAAUUUGUUUAUACUAUAAGAACGAUGCGAAUUUAUGAAAACGUAUUAGUGAGAUUAUAUGCAAUCAGUGUUUUUUGGAAUUGUUAGUAAUUAUUUAAUCAUAGCUGCAGCUUGUAUAAAAAAAUAGUCAAAUUGAAGACUUUAAUUUAUUUUUACAAUAAACGUGCCUAUUUUAUUUUG